CGCGUUCACUUACCGUGACGUACAUCGAAAAUUGUCGGUGCACAGCUGGCAGGCUUGGUUGCUUGGCAUCCUUCUCCACGCCGUCAGCUAGAACCCAUAAACAACAAAAUGACAAGGGGAAAUCAGCGUGACCUUGCUCGUGCUAAAAAUGCCAAAAAGCAAGGGAAUGACAAGGGAAAGAAGGCAGAUGAUGGCAUGUCUGCAGCUGCGAGGAAGCUGAGGGAUGCAGAGAUAAUGCAACAGAAGCAGAAAAAAGCCAAUGACCCUAAGCCAGGCGAUGAGAAAGCCAAAUAGCAGCAGGAUACAGAGCCCAAACACAACUAUUCUCAGAUCAAGAUGUUACCUAUUAUUCAAAGAUGACCAGUUAUUUUUUUGUCCCAUGCUGUGGGGUACAGAACCAGUUUGUAAUCUUUUGUGGUGGAGGUUGUACUGUAUAGUUUGAGAAAUGAAUGGUUUUGAAUGACUAAUGCUUAAGCCUAUUUCAAUACAGGUCUAAUGUUAAAUCAGUAUUUACAAUGUAAAGAGCAGAAAUGUCAAACUUCACUACUUAGAAUUACAAAACAAUCAUAUUUUUGUAUCCCUCCUAGAUUUUAAAUAACUCAUCUAGUGAUUUUGUUAAUGGUUGUCUAUACCAUGUUUAUUCUUACUUUUAUAUUGAGGAUGGGAUAUACAGUGCUGUAAGAUGAUAAUCAAAUAAACAAAUGAAAGGAUUCAA